GAGACCAAAUCCUCUCUCUCCCUCUCUGUCUCCUCUCCCUGGUGUGGGCUGGCUCCCCCUCCGAAGACGGUCUGCCGGCUUCCCCAGUGGGCUUUUAAGCCGGCCGGGUUGGGCAGGCCGCCAGAUAUAUCACAGCGCAAACUCGCAGCAGCAGCAGGAGGAAGCUGCAGUUCGGUUGUUCGCUGGCGGUGUGGGCCCCCCUUGCGCCGGCACCAUGGACUCCCAGCCCCUCUUCCAGACGCUGCACAUGCUAGCAGAGGACAACAUGGCCUUCUUCCAGGAGAGCAGCACGGAGACCAGCCGGCGGUUUGUGGCGGCCUUCACGGCCAUCCGGGAGCACGCCCGGUGCCUGGAGCCCCUGCUGGGCCACUUUGCCACCAUCUACCACAUCUUUGACCUGGACGAGCACACGCCAGCCAACGGCUACCGCAGCCUGGCCCAGACGGUGCGCUGCUGCCUGGCCCACAUCAUCCACAAGAGCCGCUACGUGGCCGCCAACCGCCGUAGCAUCUUCUUCCGCACCAGCCACAACUGCUCCGAGCUGGAGGCCUACUGCAACGCCUUGACCCAGCUCCGGGCCCUGGUCUACCUGGCCCAGCGCCUGCUCACCCACAACCGCCCCGGCUACCUCUUCAACCACGAGGACCGCGGGAUCUCGGAGCAGGUCGUGCAGGAAUAUAUCACCAUGCACAAGGGUUGCUUCUACGGCCGCUGCAUGGGCUUCCAGUUUGCCCCCUCGAUCCGACCCUUCCUGCAGACCAUCGCCAUUGGCCUUGUUUCCUUUGGGGAAAAUUACAAGCGUCACGAUUCCAGUAUCGGGGUGGCGGCCAGCUCGCUUUUUACCAGUGGGAAGUUUGCGAUUGACCCUGAGCUGCGAGGGACUGAGUUUGAGCGCAUCACUCAAAACCUGGAUGUGCACUUCUGGAAAAGCUUCUGGAACCUCACCGAGAUGGAGCUGCUGGCUUCUCUGGCCAGCAUCGCCUCCUCCCAGGUCCGGGUCUCGCGGGCCUUGUUGGUGCCUCCUCAUUCUUUCGAGCUGCCUCUGGUUGCUGACCCCAAGCUGACAGUUACCAUCACUCCCCCGGUUGCCCACUCUGGACCAGGAGCCGUCCAGAUGAGGCUCAUCUCCUCUGAGCUGCGUGAGGGGCAGAACAGCGAGGAGCUGAACAGCCUGGUGCGUCCGGAAGCCACCCUUGCCCUGGAGCUGCGUUGGAAGACCAAGCCAUUGCCUCGCUCUCCAUACCUCGUGGUGCAUUUUCAUGGUGGUGGCUUUGUGGCCCAGACCUCCAAGUCGCACGAGCCCUACCUGAAAUCCUGGGCACAAGAACUGGGUGUCCCCAUACUCUCAAUUGACUAUUCCUUGGCCCCCGAAGCACCCUUUCCUCGGGCCCUGGAGGAAUGUUUCUAUGCCUACUGCUGGGCCCUCAAGAACUGCCACUUGCUAGGUUCCACAGCAGAGAAGGUGUGCCUUGCCGGAGACAGCGCUGGUGGGAAUCUGUGCAUCACGGUCUCCAUGCGUGCCGCUGCCUUUGGGAUCAAGAUGCCGGACGGGAUCAUGGCGGCCUAUCCAGCCACCCUCAUCCAGGCGUCGGCCUCCCCCUCCCGUCUUCUCACCUUGCUCGACCCACUCCUGCCCCUCAGCGUCUUGUCCAAGUGCCUCGGUGCCUAUGCCGGGGUGGAGCCGGAUCACUUGGAGAGCCCCACCCUGGAGAAGCUGAGCCCCAUGAACAUCGUGCGCAGGGACACGGCCCUCCUCUUCCGAGACCUGCGCCUGGGCGCCUCCUCCUGGUUCAGCUCCUUCCUGGAGAACACGGGCAAGAGCAACGGGGCGAGUGGAGCAGCGGAGGCCGUGCGGAAGAGCAUCUCGGAGGCUGCCCUCAAUUCCACGUCGCUCUCAAGUUGCCUGGACUCCCGCAAGAGCCAGACCUGCCAGAACCUGUCAUGCGCCACAGACACUCCGCUGGGCCCAGGCCACUCCCAUACACCUGCCUCAGAACACCAGGCCAGUUUCUUUCUGGACGAUGCCGAGGAGGCCACACCCUCCAGCCACGACCACACUCUGACCUUCCCUGACGGGUUUCAGCCCCUGCGCUCUGACCAGCCGGCCACCAGCCUCUCCCUGGAUCUGUCCCCCAUCAUGAAGAACCCCUUCAUGUCUCCUCUCCUGGCCCCGGACAGCAUGCUGAAGGGAUUACCGCCGGUCCAUAUAGUGGCUUGCACACUUGACCCUAUGUUGGACGACUCGGUGAUGUUUGCCCGGCGGCUGCGGGCACUGGGGCAGCCAGUGACCCUCCGGGUGGUGCAGGAUCUGCCCCACGGCUUCCUCAGCCUGUCGCAGCUGUGCCGCGAGACACGCCAAGCCUCGGCCCUCUGCACGGAGCUCAUCCGGGACAUUCUGAUGCCCUCGGAGCAGGUCUCUCAGCAGCCCUCCACUGCCUCCUCCCUCCGGAAGCAUCGCAAACUAGAGCGGACCUGCCACCCCGGGACGGCCCCCAGCCAGGUCGCCACCCCUGCUCUGGAGAAGAGUGCCCAUGCUGGACUGGAGGGGCUGACUGGGAACGCCGGAGGGACUGGGACCACACCUGGCUCCGAGGUCAAGGACGUUCCCACCACCCAAGAGCACCCAGCGGGGAGCAGUCCCACAGGAGAGGAGGCCAGGGACAAGGCUGCACCCACCUCCCACCCCGCUGUCACCCCCAACCAGGCUUCCAGCCCCUCGGGGGGCACAGUGGACAGGGGGGUGGGUGCUUGAGCCCCACGGCCCCCACUGGCACAGCUGGGUUUGAGACUGUGUGUGCUGUGGCUUCCUUUUUGUGGUGGAAAAAAACUUUUGGUGCUUUUCUCUGCGGAUACUCAGGCAAAAUGGCCAAGGCCCCACCUCUGCCAUCACUGGUGGGGCCUGCUGUGGAUCCUGGAGCCUGGGAGGACACUUAUCCCCUUUUGUCCAUCUCUCCCAUCUCCUGGGAUGCGGUUUUAUACAUUGGCGUUUUUUAAAACAAAACCGGCGUGGGACUCUGCAGCCGCUACCUCCUCGUGGCCUUGGAGUGUGUGUGUGUCUCCUUUCUCUCCAUCAUCCUCACCCCCCUCCUCUUCCCUGUCCACACUCCAGCCCUCCUAUGCACAACGCUCCAGUGUGAUCUGUGAGCAUCUCUGGAGGCGAUGCCACACGUUGGGCACACACGGGAACCACACUGCGGGAGUCCCCUCCUGGCAGAAGAGCACAAGCCCUCCCCUCUGGGUUGCUCAUCCCGGCCUCUGAAGGCGGAGGGGCCCCCUCCUUCCGGUACCGCCUAGCGAGCCCUUCAAGCACUGCACGCCCCUCCCGCCUCUGAGCCUUACUUGCACACCAAAUGGUUACAGUCACACACACACACACACACCCGUCACCAGGUGGGAUGACCCAACGGCCACUUCUCAGUAUUAGCCUCCAGCUCAAGAACACAAUCCAUCACACUGUGCCCCUUCCCACACACCCCUUUUCUUCUGAAUCUUUUUGCCUUGUUGUUGCUGCUGCUGCUGCUGUGAACCAAAUGGGAGGGGAAUCUACAAGACAUGGUGGGCUUCCUCCCUGCGAAGGGCUGUGGUAUUACCCUCUCGGAGGGAGAAAAACAAGCUAAUUUUGUAAAUUAAACCAACCAACCAACCCCAAACCUGUUUGGUUUGGAUCAUUCA